UGCACUUCGGAUCGCGCCAUUUUGGAAGAAAAUGAGGACGGGCUUGAAAAUGUCACCGGAAGGAAAUAACGACUAGAUUGUUGUAUUUGGAUUCGGAGUAAAAAAGAUAGCCGGCAGAAUGACGAGGAAAAUUAUGAUUUUCGUCCUGACGCUCUUUUUGGUGAAAGGUGAUGCAGAGAGAGAUGAUGAUUUAUGGAUAAUUCCUGGAGAGGGCUUCGACCCAGAAUUGAAUGAUAUUCUGAGGCCUCCGAUGAGGUUAGAAUUAAAAUAUUCGUCCCCUGGGGAAAUAGCUUUCCCGAAAAUCGAGGGAAAGUCACCUCGGCUGGCGGCGAGUGGAUUAUUUAAUAAGGAUUCUAAUUCGAUGUCGACUACGUUGAGAGAAUCGACAACAAUGGCCGCGGAAGUGCCUGAAGAAAUAACGGAAGAAAGCAUGUCUCUUAUGGAAAUGACGGAACCUUCACUCCUCGUUAAUCAAAUCGCAGAUGUGUUUGUGAGUAGCGAAAUGCUAGAGAGAUUUAUGGAAGAAUUAGAAUCCGUGGAAAGGAUGGCGGCGAAUGGUUUGAUUCAGCAAAAUCCGACUUUUACGGAAAUAGAUCCGACAUUGACGACGGAAACCGUUUACAGUUUCCCGGAAGUAACAGAAAAUCUAGGAAAUUCAUUACUGACAGAACUUGUACCCGACAAUGGGGAUUUUUCAACGUCUCCAGAAAGGAGUUCCGAGACUUCAGACACUGGUCAGAUGUCUUCAACUUCAUUUGAGAAAUUAAUCGAGGUGACCGAAUUUCUGGACGCAUCUUCAACAAUGGGAUUUGUAACCGAAGAGCUGAGUGGCACAACAGGACUCGUGAGACCGGAAAUAACAACGGAAUUGCACAUCCUUGAAAAGCCGAUAUACAUGUCAGGAUUGAGGGAAACCACAUUUCCACCUGGGGAAAUGCUCGACGACAUAAUUUCUUCCUCAACGAAGCAGAAUCUCCUCUCGUUCAUCAUAAGAGACAAUUCUGCAGCUUCGACAUCGAUUUCGACAACGACCGAAAGCAUUGUUCAUUUAUCGCCUUCAACUAUUUCAGGGAACGCCCUAGAGGAGCAUUGUCACGUAGAAGCUAAAUUGGACAUCGCCGCCAUUAUCGGAGGGUCUGCCCUGAUCGUCGCCAUUUUCGUCAUCUGCAUCUUAAUCUGCCGCGAGAAGAAGCAAAGAAAUCCAGCUUCAGUAAUUCCUUGAAAAUUUGAAAAACAUUAUCGAGUGACAAAUGAAAUCCGACGAGGGAAGAGAAAAUCAUGAAUUUUCAUGCGUCUAAUCAGAUUAAAUUGGGGAUAUUUCAGUGAAUUCUUUGAAACGCCUUUUUCUCUCUUUCCUCCCUUUCCAUGGACACGCCUAACCGAUUAUCCUGUUAAUGGUUAAACGUAACGUUUAUCGCGCCAUCUGGAGAACCGUGUGAACUGUGCAGGGCGAGUUUCCGAAUAAAUUCAUGUCGCAAUUUAAACGGAGUUCCAUCGAUCGGUGGGGUCGUGUAACCCAGAUGGAACAAAAAGGCCGAUAAACCGUGCCAAGAGAAACUGAUUAGGGAGGCGAGCACGCAUGUUAAUUAUCCCUUUAGCCAUUAAACAUUCGCAUUUU